UUCAAUUUUCAGUUAUCGAUGAGCUGUGCAGUGAGCAACUGGUUGGAGUCGCGGAAUGUGGCACAGUGGUGAAUAAAUAAAUUCGUUUUUUUUUCGUUUUCUAAUUUUAUUUACUUAUUAUUUUAUCAAAUUAUGUGCAAGAAAAGAAAUAAAUAAAUUUAACUCUUAAGCGUGAAAAACUUGAACAAGCGAAGCUUUAACUUCAUUUUCUUACCCUAAUAUGCAACAACAAAAACAACAGCAACAACAACAUCAAGAAGAUACAAAAUCGCACGUGAACAUUAUUUUGUUUUCCUUUGUUCUUGUUCCCUUAUUCUUGGGAAUCAAGUUAGUCACGGUGUCACAGUGUAGCUCUUAAAUUUCGUCAGAAAAGUCAAAAGUGCCUGUUGCGAUUAAUUCGUCGCUCUCGUCCUCGUCCUCGUCGUCGAUUUCGUCUUCGUCGUCGUGUUCAAUAAAAAUUAAAUUGUGCUUUUUUAUUUUUGCAAUCAUGUGAAGAUUUUCAUCAUAACAACAACAAACAAACAAACAAAAAUCAAAAUCAAACAAGAAAGAAAGAAAGAAACUCAAUUUCAAUUCGGGUCGUUGUCCUUUUUGUGUGGCUCUUAGCACAGACGAAUGCAAUAAAUUAUCCUGCCGGCAAAAAUUUAUGCUACACUUCCAAAAAAAAACAAACAAAACGCAAUUUUGGAACUUCAAAAAAAUAAAACCAUUGAAUUUAUUAACAACACUUCAAAUUAUUGCCAAUAAUUUGAUACGAAAAAAGAAUUAAGUGCACUAUUUUGCCAAAAUCAUAAUAAUACCUACUCUAAGAGUUGCCAAAGUGUCAGUUUUUCUGGCAACUUAAUUUUUACUAUACCUACCUUUAUAUAUAUUUUGAUUUAACAACUGUCAACGAGGUGUGCUGUCUACGUUCGUUGUGUCGUUCGUUAAUCCACCCACCGAUUGUGUGUUUUGAAUUUAAAUAAAAAAAAGAAUUAAAAAAAAAUCAAUUAAAAAACAUCAACGAUAAACGAUUGAUAGAAGAAAAUGGAAAAAUCAACAAGAAAAGUCGCCCCUGAUGGCGGUUGGGGAUGGGUUGCCACAUUUGGCGUUAGUCUUGUUAAUCUUUGUACUCGUUCAAUAGAGCCAUCAUUUGGACUUCUAUUUGGUGAUUUGUUACGUGAUCUCAAUGUGGGAACCACUGGAGCAGCUGUGAUUAUUAGUACCUUAGAUGUAUGCAUGAAUUUCUCUGGACUUUUUGUUGGUCCGUUGUUAAAAGAAUUCUCCUACCGCAAAGUUGCCAUCGCUGGAUCCUUGCUAUGCGGCCUUGGUUUAGCCCUCACCUCCCCUGCCAGUAGUAUGCCACACAUUUUAGCCACGUAUAGUGUCAUCAAUGGCAUCGGUGUCGGUCUGUCUACAUCGGCGGCUUUUGUAGCCCUCAAUCACUAUUUCAAGAACAAACGAGGACAGGCUGUUGGUUUGUCUAUGGCCGGGACGGCCAUGGGUAUGCUGAUAAUGCCACAGUUAGUUCGGAUCCUGCUGGAAGCGUAUGCCUUCUCAGGGGCAGUUCUGAUGCUUGCCGCCGUAUCACUUAAUGCUCUAGUCGGUUCACUGCUGUUGCAACCGGCCAAAUGGCAUAUGAUAGACGAGCCAGUUGACGUGGAAAUGCUGCCGGUGCCGGAAUUGGAAUUCGAUCCGGUCAGGGAAGCUGAGGAUGAGGAUGCCUUGCCAGAGAUGAAUACCCUGCUGUUUAACAAGCAUCUUGAGCUGAAUAGUAUGCGAAAGAAUUUCUCUGAAUUGGCGAUGAGCUCGAUGAAUGGUAAUCGGACGGGUAUUCCCAAGAGGACAUCGUUCCCGAGGAUAAUGUCUCUGGCAGGAGUUCAAUCAGCCGAAAGGAAUUACUCUAAUAGUGACAUGAAUGCAGUGCUAAGGCACCGCAAGCAGUCGGUCACAUCUAACUUGUCUCUGUUGGAUUUCACAGGAAGCAUUCUUCAGGUUCACAUGAAUACCGGCGAUGCCGAACUUGAGCGGCAAGAUCGUGAGCUAAGGCGUGUGCAUACACUAUCGGGGAGCAUCACAAACGAUAACCAGGAUUCGUUCAUCAAAAUGAAGCCCACCGAAAGUGAAAAGAAACAACUCGAGGAGAGCCAAAAGAGGAGGCCUGGUUUCUGGAAGAGAUUUGCCGAUCUCAUGGAUGUGGAUUUACUCAAAGAUAAGAUGUUUUUGAAUAUUCUCUUUGGGCUGUCGAUUUUCUAUGUGGCCGAGAUGAACUUCAAAAUGGUGACACCAUUCUUCUUUGCCAAUCUUGGAUUCCACAAAUCAGAUGUUGCUUUUUGUUUGUCCAUCUCUGCAAUAACAGAUAUUUUAGCAAGAGUUGUUUUGCCGCCAUUUUUGGAUAGGACGAACAUCAAGAAGCGAACGAUUUUUCUGGUUUCCAUCAUAUUUGUUGCCAUUACAAGAUCAAUAAUGGCCGAACAAACAGAAUGGGGCUCUUUAAUGGUUUGGCUGUCAAUAUGCGGUUUCUUCCGGGGAUCAGCUUUAAGUAAUUUUACAUUAACAGUAUCAGAAUACUGCUCCUUGGAAAAGUUGCCAUCAGCCUUUGGCUGGCAUUUGGUUGGUAAAGCAGUAUUUGUCAUCUGCUUUGGACCAAUGAUUGGUGCUAUUCGUGAUUUAACACAAAGUUAUCCUAUUUGCAUUCAUGCCCAAAGUGUUUGCAUAUACAUCUGUGGUAUUGCCUGGGGAAUUGAAUAUCUUUUUUCAUAUUUACAAAGACGCAAGAAGAACAAAGAACAACAACAAAACGAUAUUAAACAGUAACACAAAUAAAUAUUUAACAACAAAAAACAUAAAUAAAAAUAAUGUAUUUAUAUUUAAAGCAAAAAUAAUUACUAUACUUAUACUUAAUAUGAUUUUUAAGAUAAACAAACAAAAUCUUUAGUGUUAAUUUUAUUUACUUUCUGUUAAAUUUAAAAUUCAUUUCAUUAAAAAAAAAAACAACAAACUAAAUGACAACAUUUAUAAUUUCGAAAAUUAAAUUGAUUAAACAUUAACAUAAAAAAAAAACUAAAUAAAAACAUUAAACUCACUAUUUUUGUGAUAAUUCAAACAACAAAAGAGGUUAAGAGAAAUAAAUUAUUAUUUAGAAAACAAAACGAGAAAUAACAAUAAUAUAAGAUAGAAAGGCCAAUGACCAACAUUAUUAAUAAUUUUUAAUUUUAGAGAACAAACAAUUUACAUAAAAUUAUAUAAACACAUAGUUAGGUACUUAAAAAUUAAGAAACAAAAUUUUAAAUGUUUAAAAAUAAAAACAUGUUUUAUAGAAAAGAAAUCAAAAACAAUUAUUACUAUAAAUGUGGACGAAUUUUAGUGUCUUUUAAUAAAUUUAAAAAAAAGUAUUAACUCCUAUAUCUUCCUAUAUAAACAAAAAAUAAAUUAUUUUUAAGUCUAUAAAUAUAUAUAUUUUGUGAACAAAAGUUUAAACAAAGAAAAAAACACAAAUGAAAUAUUUUUAAUGAGAAAAAUUAAAAUAAAAUAUAAAUUAAAUGUUUUUAUUUUUUCGAUAUGUGUGUACCUAAAAAUACGAAAAUCAGCAAAGAUGAUAAUUGUUAAGUGUAAUUGUUUUUUUGUUUUUUACUUAUAAAUAAUAACAACUGACUAAAAAAAAUAAAAAUUUAACUAACUACUAUUAUGUAAAUAUUUAUUUAGGUAGUAAACAAAUUAUAUUUUAUAAAUGAAAAAUGAAAAGAGAAACAACUAAACAAAACCAUUUAAAUUAAUAUAUUUUAUGUGGUAACCUAUAAAAAUAUAUAUUUGAAAUUAUAUAUACGUAUAUUUUUACAAGUAACAAUGUUUCGUACUUACCUAUUACCUGGAUAAAAGAAAAUAUGAUGAUAAAUGAAAUGAAAA